GAGAUGGUUCUUUCGAUGUUGCAACGGGGUGAAAGCGAGGAGGAGCGCGAACGUGACAGUAAUUUUCUGGGAGUUAUUAACCGUGCUGGAACAAACGCAAACCAUACAAGGUCAACUAGUACUGUGGAGGGAUUUUUUACCCAACCGGCACAAUCAGGAAACAAUUUCCACAUCGGCAGAACGAUCCAAAACACCACCGCAUCUUCGCAACUCGUGAGCUCUCCACCACAGCACGGCAUUAUUUUUCGAACCACAGGCCGCCAGCAGGAGAGUUUUCUUGAACAGGACCAACAAAGGAGGGGAACAACUUCUACGGGUGACGGUGAGGCUUUGACGUUACCAAGCGGCGUUGGCGCCGGAGAAAAUCACUUUUUAGGAGCCACGUCAUU